AUGCAAAAGCUUGACUCUGUUGUGAUCAGAGGGGAGAAAAAAUAUUACGAGACAGGUGAUAGGCCAGAUUAUGUCAAAAAUGAAAGAUCUAGCUCCACUUUGGUCGGCCGCAAGAGCGAGGAUUUGUCGAAUUUGGCAAUGGAUCUUAUCAGCAAACAAGAAGAUCACAAGGAUUACGCGAAGGAGAAUAGAAUUCUCAAGAAGCAGAUUCACUCAUUGCUAGCCGCCCAAGCACAAGAAGUGACAAACAUGGAAGCAGAGCUUGAAUGUUUGAGGAAGCAAAACGAAGACCUCGAAAGAAAGAUUGCCCAGACUGAGCCAUCGAGCAGAAGAUUGAGUCACCCCAGCCGCGCAGACCUUGAUGAGAUAGAAGCUCGAGAUUCAGUGAUAAAGCGGCUCAGCAUCAAAGUUGAUAAAGCUUGUCGAAUCGAUAAAUUUAUGGAAAAUCACCAAAGAUGUAAUUGGGCACAGGGACCAUCUGAUAGUGAUGGGGGAAUGAUCAAAAUUAAGAAGGCUGUGGUUCGCCUUGCCAAUUCCUUGAAGAAGUGUCUUUUGAGUCCACAAGAAUUUGGAGCAUUAAUCGCAAAUGAUGAAAAAUGCCACGACACUCUUGAAAUUUUGACCAGAACGAUUGACGAUGUCGGAUUUUUAUUCAUUGAGCCCUGGCUGGUCUUUCGGUCAUUUUUGUUCCUUUUCAUUAGGGAUCGGGUAUUUUACUCUGAUAUCUGGGCAGUCUUCCAUUGUGAUGGCUUUGUUGCGAGAGAAUAUCAGCGGGUUAUCGAGCUUUGUGGUGAGAUCUGA